ACACAUCGCGCACGAUCUUUAUAUAAAAAGAAUAGUAUAGUUUUUUAGCCUGCUAGCAGACUUUCUGGAGAUUCGGGAUUCCUGGGCUAAGACUACAAGGCACUCAACCAAGAAAAUACCCACGGUACAAGCUCAUCGAGAGCCCUUCCAGGGGCUUAUGUAGCUGCUGAGUCAUUGCUGGAGUUGUAAGGCGCAUCAUCAUAACCACAAAUCGACCCCGUCUGACCUACACUCAAACUGAAUUGCAUGGACUUAUUCGGCGCGCAUCGCUUGCAGAGUACCGUCUUUAUAAUCUUAUCAGUUCGUUUGUUCUCCUUAAAAGCACCGUUAUCUUCGGACGUACUCCGGAGAAUGGCGAAAAUUAAACGGUGUUUCAGCUGGUACGACUUUGUUUCGCAUUGGUGUUUCCACGCGAGGAAUUUCGCUCCUUGGGUGCUCUGGACCGGUCCGUUCAUUGUAAUAUUUUGGCAAACUUACAACAAAUAUUCGAACUGUCCUGAGUAUUUCUACCUACACAAUAUGCUUGGAAACAGUCUCAGUUGGUCACGUGGUGCUGCUGCUGUACUUUGGUUCAGCUGUUCUCUGAUGCUACUCCCGAUGUGCAGAAAUCUUUUAGCAUUUGUCAGGAAUACUCUAUGCAAGUCUUCAAGGCGUCUGCGUAGGUUACUGGACAAACACAUUUGGUUCCACAAAGCAUGCGCAAUCACCACCAUUAUAGCCGCAGUUGUCCACACUGUUGCUCAUCUGAUCAAUGGAAAAAGAUUUUCAGAAAACUACAGCACAGAUCAUCCCCCCCUUAACUUUGCAAAGAAUAGAGACCAGGACCCAUUAGAAUUUGUAAUGCUUUCAGUUGCUGGUUUCACUGGUAUGGGCAUGAUGCUGGUGUUGCUUAUCAUGGUAAUUAUGAUUGCAGCUUCCACGCCAAUUGUUAGGAAUAGAUCAUAUGAGGUAUUCUGGUUUACUCAUCAUGCGUUUAUUGCCUUCUAUCUCAUGUUGGCUGUCCAUGGCCUAGGAGGUGUCAUAAAACAUCAGACAAACCUGGCCGCCCACACACCAGGAUGCAAAGUACCUUUGAAUGACAGCAUGGACACCCCAUUUAAUAUGACAUCAUUACCACUUUGCAGAGAGGCAGAGUUUGCUCCUGAUCAACCACAGUCUUGGAAGCUGCUAAUUCUGCCGCUUUCAAUCUACUUGAUUGACAGAUUGAUUCGUGUUGUCAGGGGUUACCAAGAAGUUACCGUCAUCAAGGUUGUCAAUCAUCCAUGUGGCGUUAUCGAGCUACACAUGAAGAAGUCUGGGUUUUAUGCUGAGCCAGGCCAGUUUGUGUACGUUCGUUGCCAUAGCGUUGCAAGGUUUGAAUGGCACCCGUUUACACUAACUAAGUGUCCCUCAUCCAAAGACGACAGCUUCUCUAUUCACAUCAAGAGAACAGGCGACUGGACAAGUCGUAUUACUGAUCAAGUGACAUCUAUCCGAGAGUCCCUGUCUGACCAAAAAACACUGCUUGCUACAUUAGAUGACAGCGGUUCACUGGUCGCAGCGCCCUCUGUCAGGUUAUCCGUUGAUGGCCCAUAUGGAAGCCCAUGCAUGGAUGUAGAAGAGUACAGAGUCAGUAUGUGCAUUGCAACUGGGAUUGGUGUCACGCCAUUCGCCGCUCUUAUCACGAGAAUCCGAUCGCAGAUUAUUCACGCCCAGCGUCCACCGAGACCUCACCGUCUAUACUUCGUGUGGAUUUGUCGUGAAGUCGGCGCACUUCAAUGGUUUGCUGAUCUAAUACAUGAAACAAGUCGACAGUUAUGGGAGCUCAACCGGCCAGACUUCCUUACAUGCUUGUUUUACACUACAACCAAGGGACAAAAAGAAAAGAUUUGUAUUAACCAUACUCAGUCAUCUUGGUUUGAUGCAAGGCUGACACACGGCAGACCAGACUGGUUCCAGAUCUUCCGCAGAGUUAGCCAAGAGAACCCCAGGACUUGUGUUGGUGUUUUCUACUGCGGAGCCCGCGGUCCAUCGUCCAAGCUAAGGAGAUGCUGUCAGCGGAUGUACAAAAAUGGCGCUAGUUUUGUGUUCAAUAAAGAAGUGUCUGCUUGAAUGAAUGCGAUUCUUUCCACCCAUUGGAGAGCAAGUACUUUUAAAAUCUAAAAAAACUAUACAAGAUAUCUUCUGCUCAUGUCUGUCUGGUGCAGCGUACUCUGCCAACCCAACUUAAAUGAACAACAUCAUGAGGUUGUAUAAUUUAUUGUGAAUGUAUAGUUUUACACAUUGUAAAAUUUAGAUUAAAUUUAUUUAUUUCA